UGUAAAGAUGCGAAAACUCCCGAGAAAGAUAUAUAAAUCUCUUCUUCUUCCCCAACGGGAAAGCAGGAUCCAUUCAUAUUAACUGUUGCUCUCUCUCUCUCUCUCUCUCUCUCUCUCUCGACCGAUUGAUCGAUUAUCGAUUACCGAUCGAUUCUCGAUUCAGGCAGUGUUUCUAUAGAGCUCUGUCUUUUGAAGAGCUAGAAUCAAUGGCUGGCAGGUUAUCCACGUACUUCUUGUGUCAAGGCUUUACUGGACUCAACUGCAACAGUAAGCACUUAAAUGUACGUUUGUUCUUGCCUUCUAAUCGCUCGAUUCCUGCUUCUUGUAAAAUGCGACAGCGUGCUUUCAGUUCCCAGAAGAGACAAGAAGUAAAGGACACUUCUCCUCUACCUAAUCCAACAAGUGCAGAUUUGCAGCAAAGUUGUGUGGAGGACUCUGAAUCUGAAAAUUCGUCGAUCAAUAGUGCUGCAAACUUGAAUGUGGAAAUUGAAAAUAACAACAUUCACACUGCUAUAGAUUUGGAGCAUGGAGAGGAGAAAAACUUUGAUGCUUUAUCUGUGCCAGAGGUCAUGAAUAUAGAUAGGGAAGAGAAUCAGUCCGGCAUACAAUUUGAAGAACUGAUUAGCAUGAUACGAAAUGCGGAGAAAAAUAUCCUUCUUCUUGACCGAGCUCGGGCUCAUGCAGUUGAGGAUCUUAAUAAAAUUCUUGCCGAGAAAGAAGCUUUGCAGGGAGAAAUUAACGUAUUGGAAAUGAAACUGGCUGAAACUGAUGCACGAAUCAAAGUUGCUGCCCAAGAGAAGAUACAUGUGGAGGUCUUGGAAGAUCAAUUAGGGAAACUGUGUAAUGAAUUAGGUCUUCCUUCAGCUCAUGAUAUUAAUCUUCAGCCUCUUAGCAAGGAGCUUGAUUUAUUGAGGAUAGAGAAUCUGUCAUUGAAAACUGAUAUACAAGCACUCAAGACAGAGCUAAGCAGUGUCAAGAAUACAGAUGAACGUAUAGUAAUGUUGGAAAAAGAGAGAUCACUUUUGGAAUCGUCUCUAAAAGAGUUGGAGUCUAAAUUGUCAGAUUCUCAAGAAGAUGUUUCAAAGCUUUCUACUCUGAAAGUUGAAUGCAAGGAUUUAUGGACAAAGGUGGAGAAUCUGCAAUUCUUGUUAGAUAAGGCAACCAAACAGGCAGAUCAAGCCAUUUUAGUAUUACAGCAAAAUCAAGAACUCAGAAAGAAGGUGGAUAAGUUAGAAGAAUCUCUUGAAGAAGCUAACAUCUACAAAUUAUCAUCAGAAAAGAUGCAACAAUAUAAUGAACUCAUGCAACAAAAACUAAAAUUACUAGAGGAGCGUCUUGAACGAUCUGAUGAGGAGAUACACUCAUAUGUUCAGUUAUAUCAAGAAUCUGUGAAAGAAUUUCAGGAAACCCUGGAUAGUUUAAAGGAAGAAAGCAGGAAAAAAGCAUUAGAGGGACCUGUAGAUGAUAUGCCUUGGGACUUUUGGAGCCGUUUAUUACUUAUAAUUGAUGGAUGGCUACUUGAGAAGAAAAUAUCAACUGGUGAUGCAACGCUGUUGAGAGAAAUGGUAUGGAAGAGAGACAGACGAGUUCAUGAUGUGUAUCAUUCAUGCAAGGAAAAAAACGAGCACGAAGCCAUAUCAGCAUUUCUGAGGUUGAUAUCAUCGGCGACAAGUCCAGGAUUGUAUGUUGUUCAUAUUGCGGCAGAAAUGGCACCCGUUGCUAAGGUUGGUGGGUUGGGAGAUGUUGUGACUGGUCUUGGUAAAGCACUACAAAAGAGAGGACAUCUUUUGGAAAUUAUAAUUCCCAAAUAUGAUUGCGUGCAAUAUGAUCGUAUUCGUGAUUUGAGAGCCCUAGAUAUGGUCGUGGAGUCAUAUUUUGAUGGGAGGCUAUUCCAAAAUAAAAUCUGGGUUGGCACUGUUGAAGGUCUACCUGUUUAUUUUAUUGAGCCUCAACAUCCGGACAAGUUCUUCUGGAGAGGACAAUUUUAUGGCGAGAAUGAUGAUUUCAGACGCUUUUCAUAUUUUAGCCGUGCUGCACUUGAGUUGCUUUUACAAGCUGGCAAGAAACCAGAUAUUAUUCAUUGUCACGAUUGGCAGACAGCCUUUGUUGCACCACUCUAUUGGGACUUGUAUGUUUCAAAAGGGUUAAAUUCAGCUAGGAUAUGUUUUACAUGCCAUAAUUUUGAGUACCAAGGAGCUGCAUCUGCUACUGAAUUGGCAUCAUGUGGUCUUGAUGUCCAGCAGCUAAAUAGACCAGAUAGAAUGCAGGACAAUUCAGCCCAGGAUAGGAUCAAUCCUGUAAAGGGUGCAAUUGUGUUCUCCAACAUCGUGACAACAGUAUCACCCACGUAUGCUCAGGAGGUACGGACAGCUGAGGUAUGAACGUCAUUUUGUGGUCAUGCUUAACUUUACAGGUUCUUUUCAUUCUCCUAGUUGCAAAUUUUGAGAGCAAUAUCCCAAGUGGCCAUGAGAAGUUUGUAGCUGUAUGGAAUUGAUGAAUCAUGGCAUACUGAUUGAAUUUUCUAAUUCCUACAGUUUUAUAAUAGAACCGGUAGUAGCCAGCUUGUGUUUCCCUAUAAGGUACUCUUGCAAACCAUUGGCUUGAUCGAGUAAUAUGUGAGACCUCGACCAGACAAAAUAAUUAGUUCCUUCAAGCCUCAUUCGGCUUGUCUGUAAUAAGGGGUUUAUUCUCAAUGCCCCAUACUUGCGAGCCGAUUUCUCCCUUAGCAUGUUAUCUUUGGUUACCUGUUUUUCUAUUUAUGGACCAUAAUAGAAGGCAAAAAAAUUUCUUUGCUAACCUUACGAAGUAACCCACUUCCUCUGCCUACUAAAGAAGAUGAGUAGUGCAAUCACAUAAGGAGGCUAAAAGUCAUCGUUACGCCUGCCCUUUAUCUGUAAAUGGUGGGUUGGCAUUCUAUGUCUACAAACAAAGACUGAAUGUGCAACUUUUCGUCCUCUAGAGCAUGCUACUUCUAGCACCUAGUGUAGAAAAAUAAUUAAUUAUUAUUUAAUUCUAGACCCAAGAAUACCCACAUUGUUAUAUUAAUAAACUUGUAGUUAUUUUUGGAAUUUAAUGUACUGUUAGGAUUUUUGUUAGGAGUUUGAAAGUAUUCCUAUAGACUCUAUUUACAGGAAUAAAAUCUGAUCAUAUCAGACUUAUUCAUAGGAAUAAAGGAGGAUGAUAUAAGUCUUUAUUAGGCCAUGUAAAUAAGAUUUCCAAAUUUAUGGGAAUCAGUUUCAACUUUUCUAUUUUUGUCACUUUACCAAAUCAGCAAUUAUUUGCUGAUUUCUGCCUGUAAAUAGACUUGGAUUGUACUCAGUAGAAUCAUGAAAAUAAGAGAUUAUUUUCUCUUCUUUUUUAUUCUCUUGUUUUUCUCAGUAACAUUCAAAUUCUUCAUGUUAUCGGAGCUUAUGUUCUGAAAUUAAUCCUCUCAGACCUCUGUUGGUUAUUCCAAUUUUUUUUGUCUCCUUUAUUCUAUUCAACCCUAAUUGUCAAGCACGGAAUGGCUUCCGCUCCUGAAAACAUUGACUCCAACAUCUCAACAAAUUCAGAAGCUAAAAUCAAAUUUGAGUUUUUUUCUUUUCUGAAAUGAAAAGUGUGUAUUAUAUUAAGUAAAAGAUACCAAAGGGAUGCCACCCAUUUACAAAAAAUUUACAUGUCAAUUAGCAUAUGUACAAUGAAAUCAUCUAUUCUAUAAAGGUCAUGCCUGAAAGUUACAGAACCAAAAUAAUGAAGUCAACUAUCUCUAAUAUUGACAAUCUGCUCUUCCCUCUCCUCAAAAGUUUUAUUAUUUCUCUUUUUCCAAAUAAUCCAAAAUAUGGAUAAAGGUAUAAAGACGGAAGGGUAUAUUGUUCUUACGAAGCGUCUCCCAAGCCAUUGUUCAAUUGAUGCCUAGAAGGCCAUAGACUAAAGUCCAAAAACUGUAAGUAAACGGGCACCAGAGCAGGAUGUAGUUACAAGUCUCAACAUCGCAUUUGCAUAAAAAGCAUCUAUUAACCAUAAUCUUCCCUUUUUCAUAAGAUUAUCAAUAAUCAAAAAUACGUUCUUGACUACUUUCCAGGUAAAAAAAGAAAUUCGUGGUGGAGCUUUAGCCUUCCAAACUAUUUUAGUCGGGAAAAAUUACACCUGUUGCUCUAUAGCCAACCAAAUGCCUACAAAAAGAAUUAACAGAGAAUUUUCCAUAUUUCUUUAGGUUCCAAAUGAGUUUCUCUUUAUUGUUGUUAAGGCGGACGGACAGUGACUAAAAGCUAUAAUAGAUCUUCAUAUUCUUCCACUUCUCAAUCCUGCAGAUUUCUGAACACAUCAACAAUCCACUCCCUGAUAUUGUCGCCCCAAACGUCUCCUCGACAAACAUAUUCUUAUUUUGGGCGAUGGCAUAAAUCAUAGGAUACUUGGACAUUAGGCUUUCUUUUCCACACCAUUUGUCCUGCCAGAACCGAAUCCUGUUACCAUUACCAGUCUCCCACUUAAUACACUCAAGUACACUGUUCUGUCUCUAUAUAAUGCUCUUCUAGAAACCCACCCCAUAAGUUCUAUUCUCUAUGGUGGCUUCUCUGCCCCAAACACCCCAUUUGGCCUUGAUAAUCUUUUUCCAUAAGCUGUCAUCUUCCUCCCAGAGUCUCCAGAUCCAUUGACCUUGCCGUGCUUUGUUUAAGUCAACCAAUGAUCUCAAACCGAGUCUGCCUAGCUCAACAGGGUGCUUUACCUCCUCUCAUUUAAUUAAAUGAUAACGCCUCUUGUCUUCAUCUUCCCCCCAAAGGAAUCUACAUUGAAUGAAUUCCAGUUUCUUUCCCACUUUAAUCGGAAUUGUGAGCACCAACAUGUAUUAAAUA